GUACAGUGAUGAAAAAUAAGUAGAGAAUCAUUUAUGAUACACGCGUAUGAAUCAUUUACGGUAGAAUUUCAAGUUCAAAGAUUACGAAGUAACUACCAGACAAAACCUGUGCGAAUCAUUUAAGAUUGCUAGAGCGUGCAACCUUAACGCAGAGUGUUCAGAAGAUGAGUGUUGUUUGCAAAUGCCCUAUACAACUAAAUUCUUCUGCUCUAAAAGAAUGAGACCAGGUCAAGUCUGCUGGAAUGCUCCUCACAAUGUUUCUAUAGAGCAUGACAGAUAUAAAGUCAUAUGUCCUUGCGUCAGAUAUUAUGAAUGCAAGUUUCAGAAUUCAUUCUUUCCUUUAAAACCUGUAUUUGCCGUUUCGACCUGCCAGCCAAAACCAGAAGAAUCCCCGGAAGAAAGAAAUAUAUAUUUAAGAGAAUAUGAGGAUAGACAAAGAAUAAUAGAAUAUCGAAGACGAUAUGGUGAUGCAAAUCGAGUACAAUAUUUUGUAGGAUAAAAAGACUACAACGUAAAUCGCAUACUAUUCUCAUUUUUUAACAGAAUGAUAGGAUUUUGGAGCAGUUACUCAAACUGUUUCGGAUAACUUAAAUCUGAAAUCAAGCUUUCUUCUGAUCGUCACCUACAGCAUCCUUAUUUAUUUUGCUAUCAAGUCUGGAAACAAACUUUGCACAAUAUUACUCAAACGAUCAUUUGUAGAUGGUCUGAAAUAUUAAAUAUAUUUCUGAAAACUA